CAUCAACAAUAAAUAACUGAUAAAGACGUGUUGCCUCAUACACUCGGCACCUGACUGGCUGCUUUAAGACAUGUAACCGAUGUUUACAGUAUUUUAACAGAUUAAAUGGGUUAAAAAGUGCCUUAAUCUGUGCGUUAAAGUGUCUGUCUGGUCAUAUGAAUAUCAGGGAAGAAUCCCGGGGCGCCACGACUUCGGAAAAUCCCCACAAGUCCGGAGAAAUGGCGGCACACACACACAGCUCUUCCAUAAUCGUCGCUGAACUAUAAAGGUUUCACAUUGAUUUCCUCACCAUGGCAGCCAAGUCAUCUCUACUAAAGAUGAUCCUGCUUGGGGAUGGUGGCGUGGGCAAGUCCUCCCUCAUGAACCGCUAUGUUUCGGACAAGUUUGAUGCACACCUCUUCCACACCAUCGGCGUUGAAUUUCUCAACAAAGAGCUAGAGGUUGAUGGGUGUCGGGUCACCCUGCAGAUUUGGGACACUGCUGGUCAGGAGCGCUUCCGAAGCCUGCGCACGCCAUUCUACCGGGGAUCUGACUGCUGCCUUCUCACGUUUGGCGUGGACGACGCACAAAGCUUUCUUAACCUUGGGCACUGGAGGAAGGAGUUUGCCUACUAUGCUGACGUUAAGGAGCCUGAUAGCUUCCCUUUCAUCAUUCUAGGCAAUAAAAUCGAUGUGGUUGAACGGCAGGUGACCACUGAAGAGGCGCAGCGUUGGUGUUUUGAAAAUGGCGGCCAUCCGUAUUUUGAAACUAGUGCCAAGGAUGCAACAAAUGUCGCUAAGGCUUUUGAAGAGGCUGCAAGGCGUGUGUUGGCACUGGAGGAUCGUCAAGCACACGUCAUGCCCUCAGAUGUUGUGGAUUUGCGCAGGAAGCCACGCUCUGGCAGUCGCUGUUGUUUGUAACAGCUGGAAGUUUUGGCUAAAUCAGUCAGAGCAUUUAAAGCUGCCUAAGUGACUUUUAAGGAGUUAACAGAGCAUUUGUACAGCCCCCAGUAAGUCUGUCAAGGUUUUUAGUCAUCCAGGAUAUAUUGAUUGUCUAAGUAAGUCAAAGAAACUGGAUUUGAGUUAAAAUCAUGAACAAUAUUAGACCACAUGUUGGCUUUGCAUACACAUUCAGCAUUAUUACACAAAUGGAUUUGACAAACUGUUAUAACACAUUCAAUAUGACCCAGAUUACCAAAAAUCUUCAGAGUCUGUUGGAGUUUCUGCAAAGCAGUUGGCACUGGUGUGCACGAAACUGUAGCUCCAAAAAUAAGUCCUGCAGUUUUUUUCAUUGAGAGCCUUUUCCAGGCCCCAAGCGCUUAAGAAGAAUAGGGUUUAAUGUAUACCAAACCAGUCUGAGUUUUGACUUCACUGAAGUGAAACAAAGUUUUGAAACUAUUAAAUGUGUAUAACCACUUACA